AUGCCUUUUCAAUCAAAUAUUAGACCCAUCAAAACUAUAGAAUUCAAAGAAGCUAUUCAAAAUUAUACUGCUUCACAGCUAGAAAAGGAAAAAUCAACCAUUGAAAAUGCUAUUUCUCAUUUGCAAAGUUCUAAUAAAAGAAUGGACUUGUUGUUAAAGAAAUUGCAAGCAGAUCAUACAAAAAGCAAAAUGGUUGAUGAAGAUCAAUUCCAACAGGAAUUCGGUAAUGAAGAACUAGUAGAAAGUAAUGAAGACGGUAAAAAUACAGGUAACUCGGAGGAUAUCAAGUUGUUUGAAGAUUCGAUAAAAGAAAAUGAAGGUGUGUUAUACAAUUAUUUUGUUAGGUUGCAAGCUAUCAGAGAUGAAGAGGAAGCCAGGUUAACUAGUACCAAAACUAAUGAUGGAACUAUUACGCCUGCUACUUCCAAUACUACAGCUAAUCCUAACAAUGUUUUUAUAUAA